CUCACAAGGCAAGGUUAGAGAGUUUAGCAGCAUGAAGGUCACGGUAGCAACGGUAGCAGUCGUCCUGUUGGUCGGACUGGGUUUUGAGGGGACGGCAGGGAAGGCGGUCCGGAGUGUUCUACAGUUCGGGGUCAUGAUCUCUCACGUCACCGGCCGGAGCGCGUUCGACUAUCUGGAGUACGGCUGCUACUGCGGCAUCGGAGGGUCGGGGACUCCUAUAGACGACAUAGACAGAUGCUGUGAGGUUCACGACGCGUGUUACACCGUGGUGGACCCUAAUGACGGCCUCGGUAUGGCUCACCUGGUCAACUACCACUGGACUCCGGAGGACGGUGGACUCGCUACAUGUGAUGACGACUUUGGAACCGUGGCCCGGGACGCGUGUGAGUGUGACCGGGAGGCCGCCUACUGUUUUAACCGGUACCCGUAUCCGGGGAGACAGCCUUGCUGAGCACAGACCGAGUAAAUCAUGUAUUCCCCAUUUUCCCAUUCCCAGGAUGCAUAGCGCCUGGGAGUAACAAUUCCCAGAUUGCAUAGUGCCGGGUUCGAUAUACGACAU